AUGGACACAAUUCCCAAACAGCAUCAAAGUUAUGUCGCUCGUCAACUAACCUACAACUGUCUGCCUCUCUGCCUACCUAGGAAAAUAGGCACUUCGGCCGCCACCUCACCCUCCCUCACCUCACCUCGGUCAAUCCAUGGCACCUCCGGCUGA